AUGUCGGAACCAGGUAUGGAUGCUAACAGCAGAGCCAAAUGUACCUCAGGCGCUAUUUUCGCGAGCUCGACCCCCAAUUCGUUAAAUCCCCCCAACGCGGCGUGUGAGACCACACCGGUGGCUCGAGGUAGUUGUGAGUUGUGCGAUAAACCGGACGACGACCAAAUGGUGCAGUGCGAUACAUGUGAUGUGUGGCACCAUUUCGUGUGCGUGGGAGUUUCAGAGGAUAUUCAGGGCUGCAGUUGGAUCUGCUUGGAAUGCGCUACUGCGAAAGCAACCAAGGCAACGAAAUCCAGAAGGAAAACCUCCACACAGAAAUUGGCGGUGACGUUACGGAAGAGGACAACUCGAGCAACAGCUACAAAGGGUUCGAAGAAAGUGAUUCCAACGACGGGGCGGAAACAUGAUGUUUGUGAUACGGCGGCGAAUGGCGAGGAUGCAGUUGCAGAUACUAGACGAAGCGGAGAUGAUGCACAGGUAGCGACGAAAGCAAGGGUGAGCAAGGCUGGUUCAUCAAUAUCAGCAGCAUCACGGAAAUCAGUCAAGGCGCGUUUGGAUGUGGAACUUCAACAGAUCGAGGCUGAAGAGACACUGAUGCAAGAAGAGAUGCGGCGCAAGCGGGAACUAGCUGAAAAGAAGUUCGCUGUUCUAAAGGAGAUGGCCGAUUUGGAAGGCAGUGGUGAAUCAGUCAUUGAUCAGCAUAAUGGUCAUCACAAGGUGGAACAGUGGUUGAACCAUCGCAGCGAAACCAAAGUGAAAGAUAAGCGUUCGUCAUACAAGGAAACCAGCAUAGAAGACUCAAGCGAAGAAGAAACGUCUGGUACCAGGACAAAGGGUGAAGAAGAACUUUCAUCCUUCGGUGGAACCAAUUGUGAUGGCAGUGAAGAAGAAGCACAACCCUAUGACGAACGAGCAGGGCGAAGACACCAAAGAGCGAAGAGUGAAACAGCCAAGAAAGUUGAAAUAUGUAGUAGUAGUCGACCAGUUACAGGCCGGCAACACUCCCUGAGAAGCAGCAAAAGACUCUCGUAG